AUGGCACUUGUCUUUUACAUAUCAACGGCAAUCAUAGCCUACGCCAUUGCCUUGGUCGUCUAUCGAUUGCGGUUUUCCAAGCUUGCAAAAUUUCCGGGUCCUCGGCUGGCGGCAGCAACACUCUGGUAUGAGUUUUAUUAUGAUGUUAUCUGCCGUGGAAAAUACAUCUUCAAGAUAGAGGAGAUGCACAAAACAUACGGACCCAUUGUUCGAAUCAGUCCUUUCGAAUUACACGUGAAUGAUCCCGACUUCUACGAUGCUUUGUAUUCCCACACUGCUCCCCGUAACAAGUAUGACUGGUUUGCCUCUCAAUUUGGUUACAUGGACACGGCAUUCAGCACUGUUGACCACGACGUUCAUCGGCCUCGUCGCAAGGCCAUCAGCCCUUACUUUUCCAAGAGCAAAGUGCGCGAGGCAGAGCCUAUUAUUGAAAAACUCGUCAAUAGACUCUGUGACCGCCUCACUGAUUUUCAAAAUACAAACACUCCCGUUGAUAUCGCGGCUGCCCUUUCUUGCUUUCUUGCAGAUGCUAUCAGUGAAUACACCAUAGGCAAGCCACUUCAUCUUCUGGAUGAUCCGAGCUUUGUACCACAUUGGAGAAAGUCAGUGGGCCAGAUGGCCGAGACAGCAGGAGUUGCAAAACAUAUACCGGCCAUCCACCUGAUAAGAACUAUACUCCCGGUGUCUUGGCUGUCAGCUCUCAUACCGGGGAUGGCGCUCAUCAAUGACUACAGUACGCAAUGUCGCAAGGAGAUUGACACCAUAAUCGAGAAUUCGGAGUCAGGCCACAAAAGCCUUGCAGAAAGAAACACACUUUUCGCCGAACUUGUGAACUCAGAUCUACCACCACAAGAAAAGAGUGCAGAGCGCCUUCAGCAUGAAAUGGAAAUCAUUCUAAGUGCUGCAACAGAAGCUCCUACUAUAGUACUGACUACCAUCACUUUCUAUCUUCUCAAUGAUCCAGAGAAACUUUCAAAAUUGAAACGAGAGCUGGCAGAGGCUGAGCGCUCUCAAGGCCAUCCGCUGACAACAGGCGUCAUAUAUGAAGGACUGAGAAUCGGACAUGGGGUUUCUGCACGACUCGCUCGAGUGGUCCCAGACCAACCUCUACCAUUUCAACUUUGGGUAAUCCCACCAAAUACUCCGGUUAGCAUGACAUCUGUGAUGAUUCAUCGCAACAGAGCUAUCUUUCCACAGCCUGACGAGUUUAUACCUGAGCGCUGGGUGAACAAAGAAGAGCGACACCAACUCAGUAGAUAUAUUAUAUCUUUCAGUAAAGGCUCGCGGAUGUGCGCUGGAGUAAACCUUGCAUUUGCGGAGUUUUAUCUGGCAACUGCAAAACUGUUCCAAAGACUGAAUAUGGAACUAUAUGAUACAACAGUGGACAACGUGACCCUUAAACAUGAUUUGAACAUUCCUCGGUGGAGUCUUGAUGGCCCUGAUGUCCAGGUCCUCAUAAAAUGAUUCCUUCGAGAGAUGGCUCCUAACACCGGUCAUCUACUAUAUCUACAAGCGCCACGAGUUCCUGUUCCAUUUUACGCUGUUUCGCGGUAAAUGAAUGGUUAGGGAAUCAGAUGAUUGGCGAAUAUUAUUGUCACAAGUUUACCGAGAAACCUUAAGACGCCCAGAACAUAUAGCUGUC